AUGCAGAUCCCUGCCCUGCUCCUGCUUCUCCUCCUCCUCCUAGCUCUGCUGUCCCCGGCCAACGCUGCCCACCCUGCUCAGCCUUGCCCCUCGGAGAUGAACGAGGCCAAGGACCUGCUGGAGGUGAACUGCACGGGACAGGAUCUCAGCGCGGUGCCCCCGGGGCUGCCCGCAGACACGGGCAUCCUGCUGCUCAGCGCCAACCGCCUGGGCUCUCUCUCCACCGCCGCCUUCCUGCCCCUCGCCCAGCUGCAGGACCUCGACCUGUCCCACAACGGGCUGGUGGCUCUGCACACCGGGCCCCUGCUGCCCUCCCUGAAGGAGCUGCUGCUCUCCCACAACGCGCUGGAGACCCUGCCCACCCUGCAGGGCCUGCCUGAGCUCACCCGCCUGGCCCUGGCCCACAACAGCCUGGCAGAGCUGCCCCCAGGGGCUUUCCAUGCGGUGCCGCGGCUGCAGGACCUGGACCUGCAGGGGAACCAGCUGCGGACGCUGCCCGGGGAGGCCUUUGCAGGGCUGAGGGCACUCAAGGACUUGGACCUCUCAGACAACCUCCUGGAGGAGCUCCCCAGGGAGCUGCUGCAGGAUCUGCAGAAGCUAGAGACCCUCUGGCUCUCAGGGACCUGCCUGCAGACCCUGCCCACCAGCUUCUUCCCUGAAGGGCACCUCUUUGCCUAUGUCUUCCUCACCGAGAACCUCUGGCACUGCGACUGCGACCUGCGCUACCUGAGGACCUGGAUCCAGCAGAACGAGGGCAGUGUCUACCAGCCAGAGCGGGGCCUGGAGAUGUCAAAGGUGGAGGUUGCCCCUGAGAAGGUGCUGUGCUACAGCCCCCCUGAGCACUGGCAGAAGCCCAUCAUCCACUUCAAGCCCAACUGCGGCAAUGUGGGGGACACAGAUGAGGACGAAGACUAUGAUUAUGAUUUUGGGGAAGAAAAGAUGGAGAAAGCUCCCAUAACCACCUUCCUCCCCCCACAUCCACCCAUCCCCAAAGAGCACAGUACCGUGCCCCAUACCCCGCCUCCCCUUGCUAACACAAGACCUCCUCUUAGUACCCCUUGCAGCUCCACCCUCGUCCCAAGCACUUUGCCUGCAACAGCUGCAAGCACCAGAGCUCCCAGCACUGCCACUCCUGCUCCAAACAGUCCCACCAUCACAGCUUCAAAGCCCCCAGCCACUGCCACCAGUGUCACUGCUGCUCCUGCCAGCAUCCCACACAGACCCACCACCCUCAUUUCCACCACCUCACCGCCAACCACUAUGAGUACCAGAUCUCCCAGCACCAGCAGCUCUCCCCAGACCACCCUUACCACCAACACUACCAGCACCUAUACCAAUCUCAUGGUGUCCACUGGCGCAUUUUCCCCCACCUCCACAGCAGUGUCUUCUACUGGUGUGCCAGAGGCCUCUUCCAGUGUCAGGUCUUCAGAUCCUUCUCUGACAUCACUCACUUCAAUGGUCUCCACUACCAUGCUUUCCACUCCUGCCCCAACACCACUAGCUCCCCUGGAGACCACCCAACCUGCACCUCUGGCCCUCUGCCCAUGUUCUACCCCAGAACUGGCCAUACCUGUGCUGCGCUCGCGGGCAGGUGGGGAGGCUCCACAGUGGGGACAGUGGGUGCUGAGGCAUUGCUGUCUGUUGCACUGGGUGCUCUACCUGGCCGCCUUGAUUUUCCUGGUCCUGACUGUGCUGGCUCUAGCAGGCUGGCUGGUGUGGAUGUGUCUGGUGGGAUGGCCCUCCUGGCGCAAGUUCCUGGAGGGCCAAGAGAUGCAGCAUCCUCUGCUGAGGUGGAGGAAGUCGAAAGGAAGCCCUGCCAUGCAUCUCAGCAGCUUCCAAAGCCCUCUCCAGCGCCCCACGUUCUGUACCAUCAAGGAAGUAGAGUUGUGCCCUGAGGUUACGUAUUGCACGAUUAAAGACCUGGGAAUACAGCAUAGUCCUCCUGCAAGUUCCUCCUUCUGCACAACAAAGGAGCUGUGGAUCCACCACAAACAUCUCAACACUUCAUUCAAGUCUUUCUCCAGGAACCUGGUGGUCACUGACCUCAGCUCCCUGAGAACCCCUUCUGUGUACAGCCUGGACAGGGGUGUCAAGGCCAUUGGUGAUGUCAGAGUGAAAUAUGCUGGCAACACCUUGUAA